AUGGGCAAACAAGAACUCGUGUCCUACUCUGACGCCCCUUGGGCUAUUGGACUGCAGGCUCUAUUAGCGACUGAUGAGGAUGACUGUUUGGAAGAAAAUCACUCCCUUACGUCACCUCUUUUCACCUCGCCGGCUCUACCUAGCACUACUGCUCUUGAAAUCCUAUCUCACGACACUGAACGCGAACGUGUUAUCCCACCAUCACUCGAAGAUCUGUCACCCAAAUCGCUGAGUAUUGACAGUGAAGCUCUGUAUCUUCCCUCUCUGCGUCGAUCUACUCGUACUCUCAAGCUUGAUUUCAAAGUCGUACAGACCGGCAAGCAUCCUCUACAUGCCUCCCCUGCUGGUGACCUCACAAAGCAACGCCCUGCCCUUCUGCCCUUCAGGCCUCAGCUAGGCCCUCUUCCGCCCCUACCCAAGUAUUUCUAUGAUGAAGGCCGCCUACGUCAUCGAAGAGGAGAUGACCUGGAUAGCUCGCAUGCUGCCCUUGUUGAUUACUCACACUUUAGGCAACACAUCAUGUCGCAAAUUAUUGCCCCAGCAGAUGUGGACGGCGACAACAUCAUCAGCGUCGCUGAGAUACUUGGCUCUGGCAAAUCUCAGAGAGCUCGCCAGGUGAUCGCCACUACCACCAAGUUUAUCGCAGAGACCAACUUUCAGACUAUGGCAGCCGAAAAGAUGUCUCAUUAUAAUUGCAGCCAGCUAUGUGCCUCGCCUCCGCGACUCUCACCAAGAGCCCCAAGGCGAGGCUCCUGGCGUCAAACACCUUCUCCCCGUAAAGCCAACAAGAAAAAAGCAGAAGAAGAGAACGCGGAAGGGGUGGUCGUCCAAGCGCACGAGAUCCAAGAGCCGUGCAAAAUCGUCGGCGUCUUCAUCAUCUCCUCUUUCGGCCACCUCGGUCGGGUCAUCUUGCCCACCUUCUACAAGCCCACUCAGCGAUAG